GCAUUCCAGGUGAAAUAACUACCCCUGAAUCAAAUCAAGCCGUUCAGACAAAGGGUAAAGGAAAGGCCGCUGAAGAGGAAGUGAAUGCCACGAAAAGCUCCUCAUCAGCAAAGUUAUCCACAAACGAAUAUCAGCUGAAAGCGAUUGAAUGGGCUGGUUCAGUAGGUGGUGAACCCCGGAAGUUAAAGAUCAUCACUCAAAAUGGUAAAAUUAUUCUUUCUCUAUCGUUAUCUAGUUUGCCUCCUCUCAUCGCAUUUGCAAAUUUUGUAGAAAAUGGGCCGUGCCCUCUGUUAGCACUAUGCAACGUUUUGAUUUUACGAGGUUCUAUCGAAAUUAAACCAUACGAUCGUUCAACUGUAACUUAUGAUUACCUUGUGGAAUUAUUGGGUGAUUACUUAUUCAAAUUAAUUCCGGAUAAAGAGGCUGAGAUUCAAAAAGGAUUGCUUCAAUUGACAAUUGACCAAUCCUCACAAAAAAGUCAAAGUCAACAAGCUCAUUCUGCCGAUCUCUUAAAUGGAAUCGACGAAAACCAGGAUGUGGAUAAUCAAAAGACCGAUAAUGAUUCUAUCGCUCAAAUUACUAACAUUACUAACGCCACGAGACCAUCUCUACAAGACUAUCAACACACAUUGAAUGCCGCCAUUUCAAUUAUUCCUAUAUUACAAACUGGCCUGGAUGUAAACGUUCAAUUCAAUUCUAUUCAUGGUUUUGAACCCACCGCUGAACUUUCCGUAUUUGACAUCUUUGGUGUGGAAUUAGUUCAUGGUUGGGUGGUUGACCCUCAGGACGAAGAAACAUGGAAUGUUGUAGUCGGAAAGUGUGGAAGCUACAACAAAGCUGUUGAAUGUGUUGUGGGUGGUGACUCUGUGAGUAAAGGUGUCGUUCUGGAGAGCUCAGAUGGUGUUUCUAAUAUAGGUUUUGAUAAAUCUGAGAGAUCUGCUAAUGCUUUGGAAAAUGUUAGAGUCAGAGAUGCAUUGAUAACAUCUCAAUUUUUGGACGCUUCUAAAACUCAACUUACUUACCAUGGAUUGUCAACCUUAUCUGAAGCUUUACCUCCAGGAAAUCUUUUCACUGAUGCCGGUUUCGUUAAUGAACCUUCAGUUGUAUGGGAAUCGCUUAUUGACGUAGAUCAAAGCGCUUCUGAAUUCGUUAAUGGUCAAUUUCGUAAAGGUGAAAUCAGUGGUGGUGAUUACGUUGGUGUGACGGAUAAUGAAGCGCAUGGGGGUGGAGAUCAAGAUUACGCACUUGCUUUAAGUCUCCAACAGCAAGAGGAUGAACGUGAAGCGGAAUUCCGCAGAAAACAACAACAACAGCGCCAGGAAGAUUUGCAACGACAACAAAGACGACCAAAUCGUCCAUAUGAUCAAACGUCUAUUGGUAGCUCGAUUGCAACAGAAACGUCUGAAAAGGAAAGAAGAAAAGAUAGAGAGAAAAGAACUAGUUGCUUUAUUUCAUGA